UGCGUGAUGCCAAAAAAAAGAAAGACCAAAGUGGGUUGGUGAAAAGUAAGUUGGCCAAAAAGGAAUGUUGAGAAUGAAAUAAGGGGUAUGUAAAACCAAAAAUAGAUAAAAAUAGACUAAAGAGACGGAAAAAUGCCGGCAGGUCAUGGAGUUCGUGCCAGAACGAGGAAUCUGUUCGCGAGGCCGUUAAGAAAGAAGGGUUACAUUCCACUCUCGACUUACUUAAGGACCUUCAAGGUCGGCGAUUACGUCGUUGUUAAGGUGAAUGGUACGAUCCACAAGCGUAUGCCUCACAAGUUCUAUCAUGGUCGUACUGGUCGCAUCUGCAACGUCACCAAACCCGCCGUCGGUGUUGAAGUCAACAAACAGAUUGGCAAUAGGAUCCUAAGGAAGAGGAUUCAUGUGCGUGUGGAGCAAUCAAGGUGUGCUGAGGAGUUCAAGCUGAGGAAGAAGAAGAAUGAUGAGCUCAAAGCUGCAGCCAUAGCCAAUGGUGAGACAAUAAGCACCAAGAGACAGCCUAAAGGAC